GCCACAAUUCACAAUACUGCACACACGUGACCAUCCUGUGUUUAGUCAGUGUAACGCUUGCACUUAAAAGACAAGCAUUUGCUAAAUACAUAAUCACUCUUUACACACUUUUAAUGUCAUCUUGACAAAACCGCUGCUCGCAGCUUCGUAUAGCAGAAAGCGGACCAUGGCGGCUGCCUUGAGCAGCAACACAUCCACGCUUCAGAUCAAGUAUUCCAGUAUCGAGCAUACGCGGAAACGCAUAGACCCUCGGAGGAGACAAGCCGCGCUGUCUUUUCUCAGUAACAUUUCUUUGGAUGGUCUACCUGUGCAAGAUGAUGCCGACAAUCAGAUCGAAGAGGAUAAUUCAAUUGAGGCCAGGACUAGACAGAGCCUGGUUUCCACAGCAGAGCGCCCGCUGUACGCGGUUGGCAGUGGCGCUGCGGUAGCAAUCCCCACCGCCGCCCAGGCGCUCGCUAUUGCAAACCAGGCUCUGAUUGCUAACACCCGAGCCAGUUUUGGGAUUGGUCCCGCCGCUGCAGCUCCAGUAUGUACAGAUCCGGAAGGGGAUGCUUUCGGUCCUUCGAUUUUCAGUUCGUCCUUCUCUGUAGUACCAGCCGCGACUAGAAGCAGGCUCCAGACCUACACUCAGGGAGUCGUGCCUGCUGCCCACCCUAGGCAGGCUUCCCAGGUCUGCUGUCUAGAGGGAGGACAGAUCGCCAACUCGGGACUGGAACUGCAGAGAUCAAGACGGAGGCUCAUCUCUCAGCGCUCCUCCUUGGAGACACUGGAAGACAUUGAGGAGAACGCCCCUCUACGCAGAUGCAGAACCCUGUCAGGUUCACCCCGACCAAAGAGCUUCAAGAAGGUCCACUUCAUCAAGAACAUGAGGCAACAUGAUAUGCGCAAUGGAAGGAUAGUCCUAAUCAGUGGCAGAAGAUCCCUUUAUAGUGUAUUUUCUGUCCUGCCCUAUCGAGAUUGUAGCCAAGCAGGGGAUGUGAAACUGGAAAGCGGGCGGCAGCGGCACCCCUCGGGCGGGGUCAAUGCCAAGGAGAUGGUGAUCGGGCUGGAGGGAGUGGAGCUGGGGGCCGACGGAAAGACUGUGUCGUACACCCAGUUCCUGUACCCCACCAACGCCCUGGGCAGCGGUCGCAGGAACACCAUAGACUCCGUGUCGUCCUUCACUCAGUCUCGUAACGUCAGCCACCGCAGUCUCAGCCUGGCCCGGGCCAACAGCAACCAGAGCAGCAUCGACACGGGGAACGAUCUGGGGGACUUGAUCCGGGAGUACGACCCUAAUCUGUUGGACGAUCCCCAGUGGCCGUGUGGGAAACACAAGCGGGUCCUAAUCUUCCCCUCAUACAUGACUACAGUCAUAGAGUACGUCAAGCCUUCUGACCUCAAGAAGGACAUGAACGAGACAUUCAAGGAGAAGUUCCCCCACGUACGGCUGACCCUCAGCAAAGUCCGGAGUCUGAAGAGAGAGAUCCGUAAGUUAGCCCAGGAGGAGUGUGGCUAUGAGGAACCCACCGUAGCCAUGGCCUUUGUCUACUUCGAGAAGCUGGUCCUCCAGGGGAAACUCAACAAGCAGAACCGCAAACUCUGUGCCGGCGCCUGCGUCCUGCUCGCCGCCAAGAUCAGCGGAGACCUCAAGAAACACGAGGUCAAGCAGCUCAUAGAUAAACUGGAGGAGAGGUUUCGUGUGAACAGGAGGGAGCUGAUAGCCUUUGAGUUCCCUGUGUUGGUGGCCCUGGAGUUCAACCUGCACCUGCCUGAGAACGAGGUCAUGCCACACUACAGACGCCUCGUCCAGACCUCCUAGCAUUAGUGACCCAUCAGGAGGAGCACCCACACCCAGCCCUCCUGAUCCAGGACCAGUAGACCCACCCCACCUCACCGAGUCCCACAACCAGCUGGUCUCCCUGCAGCCUGGAGAUCCAUAGGGUUGGAGCUCCUCUACACUCUACUGCAGGCCACAUUCAUAUGUACAUUUUCGGAUCGAGACUUGAAAGCAGCCAAAGUUACCCAUAUUCUUCUCCGACUUUUACUUCUACUUUCUUUAACACUAUCUACACCUUCAAAAGAUUGGUAGCUGAAAGUUGGCGAAAGCUGUUCAUAACAAUUAAUUUUUUGUUGUUGUAAUCCUUGCUUGGCAUGUUUUGGUUGCCUUAUGAUUGUCGUGGAGAAUGACGCAAACCUGUCGCGUGGCCGAUUUUGACAGGACUGUUAUCCCAGUAACUCUGUGCUUUUUGAAAAACGUUUUCCAGUCUCUCCUCGCUAGAAGUGCACUUUUUGAAUAUUGCAGACAUGGAUAGAGGCCAUUUUCGGAGACACUUGACUGGGUGAGGGUUGUGAAACAAACUCAUUCAGAUCAAUUUGAGCUGACUCAAACCCCAGAAGGGAAGUUGAUCUAAAUAGCUUUCAAUAUAUUUUCUAAUCCAUUUCCUUUUUCAUUUUC